AUGUGGAACGAGACACUGAGCCUGGAAAGCGAGUCCAACCUCAGCCUGGACUACACGGAUGAACCUUUCAACAGCUCCUGGGUGGACCAGCUGCCCCCCUUCCCCGGAGCCCUGCUCACCGGGGUUACAGUCACCUGCAUCGCUCUCUUUUUCAUCGGCAUCUCGGGCAACCUCAUGACCAUGCUGGUGGUGUCUCGAUUCCGGGACAUGCGGACCACCACCAACCUCUACCUGUCUAGCAUGGCGCUGUCCGACCUGCUGAUCUUCCUCUGCAUGCCCCUGGACCUCUUUCGCCUCUGGCAGUACCGGCCCUGGAACUUCGGGGACUUUCUCUGCAAACUCUUCCAGUUCAUCAGUGAGAGCUGCACCUAUUCCACCAUCCUCAACAUCACUGCGCUCAGCAUCGAGAGGUACUUUGCCAUAUGCUUCCCCCUCAGGGCCAAGGUGGUGAUCACGAAGGGCAAGGUGAAGCUCAUCAUAUUGGUCAUCUGGGCUGUGUCCUUCUUCAGCGCUGGCCCCAUCUUUGUCCUGGUAGGAGUGGAGCACGAAAAUGGAACCAACCCUAUGGACACCAACGAAUGCAGACCCACUGAGUUUGCCAUCCAAUCGGGACUGCUCACCAUCAUGGUCUGGAUCUCCAGCAUCUUCUUCUUUCUGCCGGUGUUUUGCCUGACUGUGCUUUACAGCCUCAUUGGGAGAAAACUGUGGAGAAGGAAGAGGGAGGACAUGGGACUGAGUGCUUCUAUCCGUGAUAACAACCACAAACAAACUGUAAAAAUGUUAGCUGUGGUGGUGUUUGCUUUCGUCCUCUGUUGGCUGCCAUUUCAUGUGGGACGCUACUUAUUCUCCAAAUCCUUCGAGCCUGGCUCUUUGGAGAUUGCAGUGAUUAGCCAGUAUUGCAACCUGUUCUCCUUUGUCCUCUUCUAUCUUAGUGCAGCCAUCAACCCCAUCCUUUACAACAUCAUGUCCAAGAAAUACCGCGUGGCUGUCCUCAGGCUCUGGGGACUUGGCCAGUUCUCCCAGAGGAAGUUGUCCACUCUGAAAGAUGACAGUUCUCGGGCAUGGACAGAACUGAGUAUCAAUACAUGA